AUGUUACUCUUCCUAACCAUCGCGGUGGUGUUCCUGAGCUACGCGCUGUUCCGGUAUCACCAGAAGCGCCAACAGCUGCUCAAGAUAUCGAGCUUCUUUAAUGGCCCGUUCCCGGAGUACUUUCUCGGGUGUUAUUAUGUCUUCAAAAACAAGACGGUUCCAGAAAUCUUCGAUGUGCUCUAUCAAAUGCACCGGAAGUACGGCUCUGAUGUGAGCAUGCCCGGUGCAUUCAAUGACCUGGUGUUGGACAUCUCAAGCCCACAGAACGUAGAGAAGGUGUUGCUGUCGAAGACGACCAAGAAGUCGUUCCCGUACGAGUUCCUAGAGGUUUGGCUUGGCACCGGACUACUGCUAUCGUUCGGUGAAAAAUGGUUCCAGCGUCGGCGCAUCAUAACGCCGGCGUUCCACUUCAAGAUGCUGGAUCAGUUCAUGGACGUGUUCAACCACGAGGCGGACGUGCUGGUGGAGAAACUCGAGAAACGCGUGAACAAGGGCGAGUUCAAUAUCUACGACGACAUCACGCUGUACGCGCUGAAUAGUAUUUGUGCGACCUCGAUGGGCGUCCAGAUUAACGCCCAAGAGAACCCGAACAACGAGUACGUGCAGAGUGUGAAGCAAAUGUCCGAGUUCAUCUUCCGCCGGGUGUUUAGCAUUCUGCGCCAAUUCCCGUCGCUGUUCUUCUUGUAUCCGUUUGCGCGUGAGCAAGACCGCGUCAUCAAACGACUGCACAACUUUACGAACUCUGUGAUCGAACAGAGACGUCGUCAGUUGCAAAGCGAACAAGCGGAUGGCAAGGUCGAGUUCGAUGGUGACGAAGCGGAACUGUACUCGAAGCGUCGGGAUACGUUCCUCGAUCAGCUGUUGAAGGUGUCGAUCGAUGGUAAACCACUCAGCACAGCCGAUAUCCGUGAGGAAGUGGACACGUUUAUGUUCGAGGGCCAUGACACUACGACGUCUGGGAUUUCGUUCACGAUCCUGCACCUAGCAAAGUACCAGGAUGUGCAACAGCGGUUAUACGAGGAGAUCGAAAGCAUGCUGGGAAAGAGCGCCAAAACGACCGUCCUGACGAGUGCGUUACUGCAGGACUUUAAGUAUCUGGAUCUCGUCAUCAAGGAAUCGAUGCGCUUAGUGCCACCCGUGCCUUUCAUUGGCCGUGUGUUGCUGGAGGACAUGGAAAUGAAUGGUACCAUCGUCCCAGCCGGAACGACGAUCUCCCUAAACAUCUUUAACGUCCACCGAAAUCCGAAGGUGUUCCCUGAGCCGGAAAAGUUCAUCCCAGAGCGGUUUGCGGACGAUUACCCGAUCAAACGCGGCCCGUACGAUUACGUGCCGUUCAGUGCUGGUUUUCGGAACUGCAUCGGGCAGAAGUACGCCCUGCUCGAGAUGAAGGUGACGAUCGUGAAGCUGCUGGCCAGCUAUCGGAUCCUGUCGGGUGAAACCACCGAUCAGGUGCGUUAUAAGGCGGAUUUAGUGUUGCGACCGACCAACGGCAUCCCGGUGAAGUUGGUGAAACGAGAGUGA